CGCACGCGCAGCGCCUCUCCCGCCCACCGCGCGUGCGCAGGGGCCGCGCGCUGACGGAGGGGCCGGUGGCAGCUUGCCCCACACUGUGAGGAGAGCCAUGCUGAGGGCCGGGGAUGCCGUCCUGCGGCUGCAGCCGCGCUGCUGCGCACUCCUGGCCUGGCGCUCCCUGCACAGGCAGCCGCUGCACCCCGAGUGGGCUGCCCUGGCUCAGAAGCAGCUGAAAGGCAAGAACCCAAAGGAUUUAAUUUGGCACACCCCAGAGGGGAUCGACAUCAAGCCUUUAUACUCCAAAAGGGACACAGAGGACUUCCCUGAGGAGCUGCCAGGGGUGAAGCCUUUCACUCGAGGGCCUUACCCCACCAUGUACACGUACAGGCCGUGGACCAUCCGCCAGUAUGCUGGCUUCAGUACAGUGGAGGAGAGCAACAAGUUCUACAAGGACAACAUCAAAGGUGGGGCAGCUGGUCUGGGAAACCACACUGCCUUAUUAACAAGUAACAACGUGUGUCAGCAGAGCCAGGGAACAACAGGUUUGGGGAGGGAACAGUGUUUAAAUCAAAAUUUAGUUUGCCAUCCAAACCUGAAUCAAGUAGGUUAUGAUUCAGACAAUCCACGAGUUCGAGGAGAUGUUGGAAUGGCUGGAGUUGCCAUCGACACAGUGGAAGACACCAAAAUCCUUUUUGAUGGAAUUCCUUUGGAGAAAAUGUCAGUUUCCAUGACAAUGAACGGGGCAGUCAUUCCUGUGCUGGCUACAUUCAUUGUGACUGGAGAAGAGCAGGGAGUGCCUCAGGCCAAGCUGACAGGGACAAUCCAAAAUGACAUCCUGAAGGAGUUCAUGGUCAGAAAUACCUACAUUUUCCCCCCAGAACCAUCCAUGCGGAUCAUUGCUGACAUCUUCCAGUACACCUCAAAGCAUAUGCCAAAAUUUAAUUCCAUUUCCAUCAGUGGGUACCACAUGCAAGAGGCAGGAGCUGACACCAUCCUGGAAUUAGCUUAUACCAUAGCAGAUGGCUUGGAGUACUGCAGAACUGGGCUUAAAGCUGGCCUCACUAUUGAUGAAUUUGCACCUAGGCUCUCUUUCUUCUGGGGAAUUGGCAUGAACUUCUAUAUGGAAAUAGCAAAGCUGAGAGCUGGGAGGAGGCUGUGGGCUUACUUGAUUGAGAAAAUGUUUAAGCCCAAGGAUUCCAAAUCUCUUCUGCUGAGAGCUCAUUGUCAGACUUCGGGCUGGUCACUCACUGAGCAGGAUCCCUUCAACAACGUCAUCCGCACCACCAUCGAAGCCAUGGCUGCGGUGUUUGGAGGGACGCAGUCUUUGCACACCAAUUCCUUUGAUGAAGCCUUGGGGCUGCCCACAGUGAAGAGUGCUCGCAUUGCCCGGAACACACAGAUCAUAAUCCAGGAGGAAUCAGGGAUUCCCAAAGUGGCAGAUCCCUGGGGGGGAUCUUACCUCAUGGAGUGCCUCACCAAUGAUGUCUAUGAAGCUGCUUUAAAGCUUAUUGAGGAAAUAGAAGAAAUGGGUGGAAUGGCCAAAGCUGUUGCUGAGGGGAUCCCCAAACUUCGUAUUGAAGAGUGUGCAGCCCGGAGACAAGCCAGGAUUGACUCCGGGUCUGAAGUAAUUGUUGGAGUGAACAAGCACCAGCUAGAGAAAGAGGAGACUGUGGAAGUUCUGGCCAUUGAUAACUCUGUAGUCCGUGCCAAGCAGAUUGAGAAAAUCAACAAGGUGAAGGCCAGCAGAGACCAAGCAGCAGCCCAGCAGUCCCUGGCUGCUCUCACACAAUGUGCUGCCACUGGGGAAGGCAACUUACUUGCUCUGGCAGUGGAAGCAGCACGUGCCAGGUGCACCGUGGGGGAGAUAACAGAUGCCAUGAAGAAGGUGUUUGGGGAGCACAAAGCCAGCGACCGCAUGGUGAGCGGGGCCUAUCGCCAGGAGUUUGGGGAGAGUGAUGAAAUCCUUCAUGCCAUCAAGAGAGUUAACAAGUUCAUGGACCGUGAGGGCCGCAGGCCUCGUAUCCUCGUUGCCAAGAUGGGUCAGGAUGGCCACGACAGAGGAGCCAAAGUCAUCGCAACCGGAUUCGCAGACAUCGGCUUUGACGUGGACAUAGGUCCCCUCUUCCAGACCCCGCGGGAGGUGGCGCAGCAGGCGGUGGAUGCAGACGUGCACUGUGUCGGGGUGAGCACGCUCGCCGCCGGGCACAAAACCCUGGUGCCUGAACUCAUCAAGGAGCUCAAUGCCCUGGACAGGCCUGACAUCCUGGUCAUGUGUGGAGGAGUCAUCCCCCCUCAGGAUUAUGACUUCCUGUAUGAAGCUGGUGUUGCCAAUGUGUUCGGUCCAGGCACUCGUAUUCCAAAAGCAGCUGUGCAAGUAUUGGAUGAUAUUGAGAAGUGCCUGGAGAAGAGACAGCAAUCCAUGUAACUCUGAAAUGUCACAAUCAGCCUUACACUGACCACUUGAUUGUCAGCAAGGGAUGGCCAGCCACAAACCUCUGCUCCCACUGCCCCCUGGCCUCGUGUUUUGUGCUUUCUAAGAAAGUUCUAAACUCUCUGCGUGUUCUAUUUGAAGAUUAUUCAUAUAGAUACCCACAAGAUAAUUUUAUCUCUAGAGCUAUGACUUCAGGAAGUGAAGAGAAUUCAAAAUAAGUGUGUUUGGGGUUUUUUUUUCCAGAUAUACUGAUAAAUAAAAUAACUGCUGCAGCUCUUUUUUGCCUCA